GUUCUCCGUUUCCAGGUAGAUCGGCAGCCUCACCAUGUGCGGUAUCUGGGCCCUGUUUGGGAGCGAUGAGUGCCUCUCUGUGCAGUGCCUGAGCGCCAUGAAGAUCGCGCACAGAGGUCCUGACGCCUUUCGUUUCGAGAACGUCAAUGGAUUCACCAACUGUUGCUUUGGUUUCCACCGCCUUGCGGUCGUCGAUCAGCUGUAUGGUAUGCAGCCCAUCCGGGUGAAGAAAUUCCCCUAUCUGUGGCUUUGUUACAACGGAGAAAUCUACAAUUUCAAACAGCUGCAGAAGCAGUUUGGAUUUGAAUAUCAGACGCUGGUGGACGGUGAAGUUAUCCUUCAUCUCUACAACAGAGGAGGAAUAGAACAAACAGCGUCCAUGCUGGAUGGUGUAUUUGCUUUCAUCCUUCUGGACACUGCCAACAGAAAAGUGUUUCUGGCGAGAGAUACCUAUGGGGUCAGACCACUGUUUAAGGUGCUGACUGAUGAUGGAUUUUUGGGUGUCUGUUCUGAGGCAAAAGGACUUAUUAACUUAAAGCAUUCAACAUCCUUAUGUCCUAAAGUGGAACCAUUUCUCCCGGGUCAUUAUGAAGUGUUGGAUCUAAAGCCCUCUGGCAAGGUUGCCUCAGUGGAAUUAGUAAAAUUUCACAGCUUUAGAGAUGUUUUUUUUUCGUGUGAUACAGUGGAAACUCUGCCUUCAGGCUUUGAUCUUGAAACAGUGAAAAGCAACAUCCGUAUUCUGUUUGAAAACGCUGUUAGAAAGCGUUUGAUGGCUCACAGGAGGAUUGGCUGUCUUCUCUCAGGGGGCUUGGAUUCCAGCUUGGUUGCAGCUGUUCUUCUGAAGCAGAUGAAAGAAAUCAACAUCAACUACCCAUUGCAAACCUUUGCAAUCGGAAUGGAAAACAGUCCUGACUUACUGGCCGCCAGAAAGGUGGCAGCACAUAUAGGCAGCGAGCAUCAUGAAGUCAUAUUUAAUUCUGAAGAGGGCAUUCAGGCCAUAGAGGAGGUUGUCUUCUCCUUGGAAACCUAUGAUAUAACAACAAUAAGAGCUUCAAUCGGUAUGUAUCUUGUCUCCAAAUAUAUACGGAAGAAAACGGACAGUGUGGUCAUUUUUUCAGGGGAAGGAUCAGAUGAGCUGACACAAGGAUAUAUAUAUUUCCAUAAGGCACCAUCUCCUGAAGAAGCCGCAGAAGAGAGCGAGAGGCUCCUGAAGGAGCUCUACCUGUUCGACGUGCUCCGGGCGGACAGAACUACUGCGGCACACGGUCUUGAACUGAGAGUCCCAUUUCUGGAUCAUCGGUUUACUUCUUACUAUUUAUCUCUACCAGCAGAACUGCGAAUCCCAAAGAACGGAAUUGAAAAAUACCUUUUAAGACAGUCCUUUGAAGAUUCCAACUUGCUUCCCAAAGAAAUACUCUGGAGACCCAAAGAAGCUUUCAGCGAUGGUAUAGCAUCGGUAAAGAAAUCCUGGUUUUCUAUUCUCCAGGACUGUAUCGAUCAGCAGGUUGAUGACCUUCUGCUGGAAAAAGCGGCGGAGAAAUAUCCUUUCAAUCCUCCUAAAACAAAAGAAAGUUACUACUACCGCCAGAUUUUUGAAAAGCAUUACCCUGGGCAGAGCAACUGGCUGCCCCACUACUGGAUGCCGAGAUGGGUGAAAGCUACUGAUCCUUCUGCUCGCACCUUGAAGCAUUACAAGUCGGCUACCCAGGAGUAGGGUGUCGAAACCACCCCCCCCCAAAUAGAAGUGCUGCGAGCAGUUGCACGCGCUCUGCUUUAAGAAAACAAAACAGAUUAUGCAAACCUAAAGCUUAAGUGGUCUUUAAGACGCCUUUUGACAAUGCUGUUGGAAAUAGGAGCUUUCUGUGGUCAUUGUACUAUGAAAAAUUCACCCUGCCGUACCAAAAUUUUGUAAUUCGUGGGAAAAUGCUUCA